AUCGAUUCUUUUAUGCACGAUACCCAUCUCUAGUGUGGUUGGUUUGUUGGUUAGGUUAAUUUAUGGUUAUCCAUCUGUCGUCAAGUUCGAGUCGCUGUCGUGUCCAUCCAUAAUAUUUUAUUGUGAUUAAUCAUUGAAUAUUCCUUCUGGAACAUUGUUAGAACUCAAUAAUAUAUGAUUGUUGGCAAGGUGUUAUUAUCGAAGGUAGUUAUUCAUAAAUACGUAUGUUCUUAUAUCUAACAGAAAAUACAAGUCGAACGUAAGUGAGGUAUAAUAAUGCAAUAUAAUAAUUAAUUUGGAGUCAUCGUUUUUCGUGUACAGUAAGGAAUAAAAUCAUUAGUCAUUCCACAUAAUCAUGGCUGACGAUGUUCCUGUCACCCCACAAAAAGAUCAGAAAUCUAGUGAAGACUCCAAGGAAUCCCAAGAACCAACAAAAAUAAAUGUUUUUGUAAAAACCCCGAAAGAAAAAGAAUCAUUUGAGGUUGAUGAAAAUUGUCUUGUGAAGGAGUUCAAAAAGGUUAUAAGGACAAAAUUCACUGCAGAGCCUGAUCAGUUGUGCCUCAUCUUUGCUGGAAAGAUAUUGAAAGAUGAAGACACUUUAAAACAACAUAACAUCAAGGAUGGUCUAACUAUUCAUUUAGUAUUGAGAUCAUCUCAACGAAAUACAGAAAAUACUUCAACUUCCUCACCAGUGAAUACAGCAAGCCCUCUCACGGGCAAUAUAGGUAACAACAGCUCCUCCAUACUAGGCAGCCUGGGAGGCUUAGGUGGCUUGGGCGCCUUGGGCGGCCUGCCAGGCCUCGAUCAACUUGGCUUGGGCGCCAAUUUCGCGGACAUCCAGAACACGAUGCAAACCGAGCUGCUCUCCAAUCCCGACAUGCUGCGAAACGUUCUGGACAACCCCCUGGUGCAGAGGAUCAUGAACGAUCCUGAGAACAUGCGCGCCCUCAUAACGCGCAACCCCCAGAUGCAAGAGCUGAUGGAGCGCAACCCCGAGAUCAACCACAUGCUCAACAACCCCGAGCUGCUGAGACAGACGAUGGAGUUGGCCAGGAACCCCGCCAUGUUGCAGGAGCUGAUGAGGAGUCACGAUCGCGCGAUCAGCAACUUGGAGAGCAUCCCGGGGGGAUACAACGCCCUUCAAAGGAUGUACCGAGACAUACAGGAGCCCAUGCUGUCGGCGACAGCGGAACAGUUCAGCAGGAACCCGUUCGCCGGCCUGGUCGAAACCGACUCGGCCGCCAACCCGCAACAGGGCAGAGAGAACACCGAGCCGCUGCCCAACCCGUGGUCCGGCGCCGGCGGUGCGAACCCAACCUCCAACCCUACUUCGAACCCCACAGCGGCUGGUCGGCCGCCGCUGUCCGGGUUCCUGCAGCAGAUGUCCGAUAGCCCGGCGUCGGUACGGAACAUGAUGUCGCUGCCACAUAUGCAGCAGGUGGUCGAGGCGUUGGCCGCUAAUCCGAAUAUGGCCGAUUCGCUCAUGGCGAACAAUCCGCUUCUCUCCGGGAAUGCCGCCUUGCAGGAGCAGGUCAGAACCAUGAUGCCGCAAGUGCUGCAGCAGCUGCAGAACCCCGAAAUGGCCAACAUCAUGUCGAACCCGCAAGCCAUGAACGCCAUUACGCAGAUCAUGCAAGGCAUGGAGACGCUCAGACAGACGGCGCCGAACCUGAUGAGCACCAUCGCCCCGAACCCAUUGGGCGGUGCCGCUUCGAACCCUUUGGGCGGCGCCGCCCCUGCCGGCAAUACGGGAAGCGCGAACCAGGGGGCACGAACGGAACCGAACAACGCGACAGCGAACACGAAUUCGAGCGCCGUUCCACCUUCUAACGACUCGAUUUCACAACUGAUGGCGCAAGUCAUAGCCGGCAUGGGAGGCCAGGGCCAGACCAAUCAGGUGCCGCCGGAGCAGCGUUACAGGGCGCAACUCGAACAGCUCACCGCGAUGGGAUUCGUGAACAGGGAGGCCAAUCUUCAGGCGCUGAUCGCUACUUUUGGGGACAUAAACGCCGCGGUGGAGAGAUUGCUGUCUCUCGGCCAACUCUCCAUGAGCUAACUUUUGAAAUAUGUGUAUAUCGGGUGGUCAGAAGUUGUGACGGGAAGUUUCGGUUUGCUUGUGGUUUCGUUGGUUUUUGACCGGUGUUGGGUUUGUUGCCAUCAUUUGGAACGUUGGGGACUGCUUAUUACAAUAAUCGGCUGGAAAGUAACGAAACUACGUGCGAAAUGAAACAUUUCAGUUGUUUUGUCCACCCGAUAUAUGAGCAGAUAUAUAUUUAAUAUAUAUUAUGAAAAUGUAUUUGGUUUAUAGUUCAUUGUUAUUAUAUGUUAUGAAUUAAAUUCAGAUAAAUUUCCCCUAAAGAUGAAUCCUGUGUUGCCGUGUUGGCAUUAUGUUGACUCCAUCUCAUUCCAUUUUUAUGAAUUGAACGAAUUCCUGAUUGAUUGUUAUUAAUGAUUAUGAGAAA